UCUUACUAAAUGAAAUCGUUGGAUACACAGUAUAGCAAACUAUAACAAACUAGCCAUAAUCAAGUUUGAUUCAUAGUGAAAGUCCAGUUUUGCGUCACUUUGCUGCUAAGCGGAAAAGCGGCUAAAUGCAUCGUUGUAAAUCACAACAGUGAAGCCUCUCGGUCGUAUUGAAUAUCUUUGGUAUUGAGGUUGAAAAACGAAAGCGAAUCGUACAAACUGUUAAUGAUCACGAAUCAGAUGGCCUUGAUCAGUCUCCAAUGAACUAGCUUUAGAGGCUUACACCAAAUCGUCUAGUCUCCAAGACAGGUGGGCAGCAUCGAGGAAAUGAACGUUGGUACCUGUGAUGUAGAAGAGGAUAUUAAGCAGACUGAACAGGAUCAUGUAGCAGUGGAUAAUGUAUUGUUGAAAACAGCACGUUAACAAAGACUAUUGUAUUAUAAAUAGCAAGGAUGAAGAAGGUCAGGAUGAGGUUACGCAUUCUGUGGAAAGCUUUAUUUCACCACAAGUAAACCCAGAAAUGGAAAGCCUACACAAGGAAAUUACAGAAGGAGAGGACACUAAGCAGCCUAUACACAAUGAUGAAGGAUUGGGAAACAUGCAGAAGGAGGGCAAAGGAGAUGGAGCUGGAGGCCAUCAGUUAGAUGGAGAAGGAGAGGACCUUGCCACAAAUGAGAGCCCUGAAAAUAGUGAAAUUUCAAAAAGCAAGGAUGAAGAAGGUCAGGAUGAGGUUACGCUUUCUGUGGAAAGCUUUAUUUCACCACAAGUAAACCCAGAAAUGGAAAGCCUACAAGAGGAAAUUACAGAAGGAGAGGACACUAAGCAGCCUAUACACAAUGAUGAAGGAUUGGGAAACAUGCAGAAGGAGGGCAAAGGAGAUGGAGCUGGAGGCCAUCAAUUAGAUGGAGAAGGAGAGGACCUUGCCACAAACGAGAGCCCUGAAAAUGGUGAAAUUUCAAAAAAAAGGAGAUGCUCAAUAAAAAAGGAAGAACAUGAAAGGUCUGCAGAAGAACAUAGUGGUGAAGGUGACUCUCCUUGCCUGGAUAAAAAGGAAACACGGCCACCCUCUGUCAAGACUCAAGACACUCACCACAAGAAAUUCAUCCUGAUUGGUGCCUCAUUUGUUGCUGUGCUUGCUGUCGUGGUAUGUUGGUUUCUGAGACCUGAGCCCCCACCUGUGCAAAAAGAGUUUAACCUGUUGGAUGUGUUCCGUCAUGAAAUGGACAAAGUUCAGUCCAGCUUCCCCAGCCAACACAAAGAACUAUGGAGGAGAAGCAAAAUCCACCUCCAGAGGCACCUCCAGAUGAGCCGUCCAAGCGAGCCAGUGAGCCUAAUCUUGACCUCUGGACGUGGGGCUGAGAAGACACUUGGCUGCUUGGCUCAACGAUUAGCUGCAGCGUUUUCCACAUCUUUGAACACCUCUGCCCUGGACAUUGAUGGAACCAGCAAAAUGGCUCAAGACAGUGACCAGGUAAAGCUGGACAUUGAUAGAGCGCUGAGAGAGGCCUUUGAUGCUGGCAAGCAAGCUGCUGUUAUCCACCGCUUUGAGGAACUUCCUCCUGGGUCCACGUUGAUCUUCUACCGCUACUGUGACCACGAGAACGCCGCUUACAAGAAUGUCUUCUUGGCUUUCACUGUGCUGCUGGAGGAAGAGCUGGAAGUGCUACCUAACGUUAGCCUGGGGAUGGUGGAGGAGAUCGUUCAGGAGUAUUUGAAAGAGAAGUUUGUUUCCUCUCACAGGACAGCUAUGUUUAACCAGAUGGAUGUAGACAAACUGAGUGGGCUUUGGAGCAGAAUCUCCCAUCUGAUCCUGCCAGUGGCUGCCGAACAGAAGAUCGAACUGCAUGGCUGUGGAGGAUCAGGGUGACUUGCUUUGCACAAAGUUGAGCAACUAAACCAUAUUUUUGGUGAAAGUUCUCAAGGAACCUACUUAUCUUUCUCUUUCAAUACCUUUCAGUUCUUGUUCGGAUAGUACAAUCUCUGUUUGUGUGAGAGGGAAAGAGAGAGAGGCUUUUGAAUUUCUUUAUGAUGAUAUGCAAUAUCACAAGAACUUACGUGCACCUCACUUGACAAAUUAAGCUUUAUGUGCGGUUAAAUCAAAAUGUAAACUAUCCACUGAAAACAUUUUAAUAUAGCAGCGGUAGGUUCAGUCUUUGUACAGAAAAUCAGCCUACAGUGACUUGGAUACAAGUACUUGUAGAGUGACAAAGCUGGCAUAAGUAGUUUUGAAAUAAAACGAAAUUUUUAACAUAACAUUUUUAGAACGUAAAUUUAGCCUUGAUUAGGAUUUAUGAAAACAUAAAUUAAAGCUAGUUGAUUAUCUAAUGUUGAUUCCACUGGAUGCUUGUUUAAUAAUGUUGAUUCCACAUUUGUGAGGCAAAUUAAUGAAUGCAGCUUUAUAGGUAUUAAAUUAUGUGCCUUAAAUACAUUCAAAACACUUUACAACCAUGUGUGUUAAAUAUUUGUUUAUAGUAGAAGUAUAAAGUGGGAUUGGCUUCUCUGUUUUUUGGUAAGAUGGGGUGGGGCCCUUGAUGCAUUCCAUUAAGUAUGUUGCAAGACUUUUACAAUUAUGUAACAUGAGAGUACUGCCAAAACCAAAAACUAACCUUGGUUACAGUAGUCUCUUGUAAUAUAUGUAUGUAUGUAUCCCAGCUAUUAAAAAUCUCUAAUUUAUUUGUUAAUAAAAUGUCAAGUUAUAUUAUUAA